AUGUUCAGACGAUUUUUGACAAAUCAAUUUAUUGUUUCUACUCGCUUUCUCUCGCAAUAUUAUUCAAAAAAGAAAAUUCUCGUACCGACUAAACUUGGUGUUACACCAGGGAAUCAACAUUUGGAAGUGAAUUUAUUCGAUGAAGAGAGUAAACAAUCACUCGGUCGCAUGCCAUUAAUCGAAGCUCAAAAAUUAGCCAAAUUUCGGGAGUUAAUUCUUGUUCUUUUCGAUGAAUCAAACGAUCCACCUGACGUCCGAUUAAUGACUGGUAAACGUUUAGCACAAGUGCGAGACGAAACACGGACGAAUAAGAAACAAGAACUAGCCAAUGAGAAAAUCACUGAUUUCGUUGUUCGACUUCGAGCAACUAUUGCCGAAAACGAUCUGUUAACAAAAUUAGGACAAGCCAAGGCAGCGUAUGCAAAAGGAUCGAGCAUUCGAUUUUCAUUAGACUUCGGACGCGCUAUUGAUGAAAAAGAAACUGAACGGUUGGCUGAACGUGCCAAUGAACAAAAAGACUUUCUCGAGCGACUGAAACCUUUCUUAGAAGAGUUUCCUAAAGUCCAUACAAAUUCGAAAAGUACUCGUUCGAUUAUUCUGAUUGUUCCAUCAAAAUUACAAGCGGACAAGCCAACGAAAAAGCCGGAAUCAACCGCAUCGACAGAAGAUACGGACAUCAAAACCGAGAAUGAUAAACGUUCUGCACCUUCUAAGCAUAAACGUAAAAAAUCUGCGUAA